AUUCGACCAUAGUUAAGCCGUCACCAAGAAAGGUCCCAGAAUGCAAUAGGAGAAUUAACAGGUGUCCUUAUCUUAUCGCCCACCGUAUACUCAAAGACUCUCCCUUCGUUCACUUUAGCUGCGCAGGAUCACGGGAAUCACACCGGCAGCUUUUAGCUAACUUAUAGAACAAAUUAUGAAUUUCUGUGUUUUAUUAACUAGCGCCAUUUUGGCGGGAUGUGUGAAUGCACAAUUUAGUCUUCAUUUUGGAACAAAUGCCCCAGCGCCUGUGGCACAAAAUUCUGUUUGUAAAGAUAAGUUAGACAAUUGUCCUGCAUUCGGAAAGACGUCCUGUGUUGCUCCGUAUUUGGAAUGGGCGAAUGAAUAUUGUCCGCUCUACUGUGGCUUCUGUCAAGGGCCCCCAACAACCCCUGCUCCUUGCGUCGAUACAAGAAGUGACUGUAAACAAUAUGGCCAAGGAAUCUGUAGUGAUCCAAAAUACGCACCCUGGGUGUUGGAAAACUGUCGCUACUUUUGCAGACAGUGUACUGCGCAACAGCUUCAGACAGCUGAUUCUAGGACUACAACUAUUCCACCAGAGCGUUGUGUUGAUAAACUGGAUAACUGUAAGGAUUAUGGACAACAAGCAUGUAAUACAUAUAAACCAUGGGCUGAGGAUAAUUGUAUGAAUACAUGUAAAUUCUGUGUAGGGCUUGCAACACCAGCGCCGCCUUGUAUCGACAAAAUUCCUAACUGUAAAUCUUAUUCCGCUGAGGCUUGUUCAAAUCCUUCCUAUCGCCCAUGGGCUGAAGAGAAUUGCCGAGCUCACUGUCAGUUCUGCACGCCAUCUGGUGGUCAAAGUACCAUGGGAGUGCCCACACCUGCCAUGCCUACGCCUGCACUGCCAACAAGUGGCCCUAUGAUAUUGCCCGCAGGAUUUGUCAACAUUCCCACACCAGUUCCUGGUAGGACUUAUGCUCCAAGCAAACGACUUGUUCCUCCACUCAAACGUCAAGUGCCUCAGCCUCCUGGAAGCAGUGCAAAUCAUGGUGGACCAGUGCCUUUCGAACCUCAUACAAAACGUCCGACCACCACCACAACUACUGAAGCUCCUACCACCACAACCACCACCACAGAGGCCCCAACUACCACCGAGGCGCCAACUACCACAGAGGCGCCAACUACCACAGAGGCGCCAACUACAACCGAGGCGCCAACAACCACCCCAGAACCCACUACAACUACUACAACCACAACUCCCAAACCAACAACCACCACAGAGAAACCAAAGAAAGUCUGCAACAACCUUAUGGUUCCUGGAAGUGGUCCAGAAACGGACAUGCAACAUGGUGGUAUUCAACAGCCUGCCCAAGAAUGUCACUGGGUCACCGCCAAACCAACUGAAAAGCCAGAAACUACCACACCAAAAAUGACAACCCCAACACCCGAGGUUACAACAGAAUCAGUUAACACAACAGAUAGCGGUAAUGAAACGACAACAGAAAUGGCUACAACUAUGGAGCCCCAAGUUACAGAUAACGGCACUGGAAUGACUGGCAAUGAAACAGAUACGAAUUCUACUACCCCUGAUAACGGGUCCGGUAUGAUGACCACAGAAGGACCAAGUACUAAUGAAACUACUCCUGAACAAGUUACAACCAAUGCCCCUAUUUCAACAACAGAUAAUGGAUCUGGAUCAGACAAUGUAACAAGUAUGGGAACCGGAAACACAACUGACUCCGGAGUAACUGAGUCAACAAUGUCUCCUGAUAAUGGCUCAGGCACUAAUUCAAGUGGAGGAGAAGCAACUACAAGAUCCGGCGGCGAAGGUCAGGGAACAACUAUGGGGUCUUCUGAGACUACUCCAGAUAAUGGUUCAGGAACAACCUCAGGCAGUGGGUCAGGAACAGCAGGCGGGGAAGGGACAACAGCUGGAGGCUCUGGAUCAAGCGUAACAAAACCAACUCCUGACAAUGGAUCAGGAGCAUCUACAACUGAAGGAAGCAGUCAAACUGGUGGAAAUAGUUCUCUCGUUCCGGUCCCUUGUGGUAGUGGACCUGACACUUGUGGACAGGGUGUCGUGACAACCGACAGCACAGCGAAUGUACCCACCAAGGCCCCUGGAUCCUCUGCAGGUCCCACUAAAGUUCCCUCUGGCACCACCACUGGAAAUGAAGGCACUGCACCAGUGGUAGGUAGCAGCGAAGUACCAUCCCCUGGCACCACUGCACCACAAGUCCCUACAAAGGCCCCAAAUGAGGGUACAGGCCCUACCACACAGUUUCAGAUCCCUACGAAAACAGCAUCCAACACUCCAGAUCUAAGCGUCACGAAUGGUUAUACGGCCGAUACCAGUAAGUGUGAGGAUAAUCCAGAUAUACAAUGUAUCUUGUAUAACUAUACACGUGUUUGUGACAGAGAUGGUAUAUACGCACCAUGGGCACAACAGAACUGCCGAGCCUAUUGCGGGUACUGUCAAGUUUUAACAACAACAGUUCCAUGUGUCGAUGAAUUACCAAACUGUGAUGAAUACCAAAGUGAUCUGUGUACAAACAACCUAUACCGAUUAUUCAGAGCCAAAAACUGUAGGAAGUUCUGCAAAAUCUGCACAGGAGAUUUUGAUCAUAUAUCUGUCGCCCCAUCAUUUUAAAUGCAAUUUCUUCAUUUAAUGGCUGUAUUAUAAGUCAAAAAUACGCAAGAGCUGUACAUCUUAAAACAAAUGUUUAUACUAAAUAAAACAUAAAACAUA